CCGAACGAACCCGAAUUUAGCCGAUUAACCGAGCGAACGAGUCUGUGAAGUCCGAAGAAACUAAAAAUUUGUCGUUCACUUUAUUGAUGUAAAUUUGAAAAAUUAACAAAAUGAUAUUGUAAAAUCAUACUAAGACCAUCUUAUUUUGUUUUAAACUUUCUAUUAGUGAUACUAUUUUGACUAUUAUAUUUCUAAUAUAGUAAUUCGUCGGCGAAGUGAUAGAGUUUAGUGCGAGUGCUAGCAAGGGUGGUAACGAGAAAUGUGAAGUAGUAUCUAUGAAGUUCAGGAUUCGGCCGUUUAUUUUAUACCUAUAAUAAUGAGCGGGCGCCCUAGGACCACGUCUUUCGCCGAGGGCGGCAAAUCCGUUCGAAAGACAUUCGAAAAUCAACCACCGAAACCACCUCUCGGAGGAGUAAAAAUUUGCAGCGACGUCGACGCACCUAAAAAGGCUGAGCUGGCUUCGGAAAAGAAGACCGCCACCUCCCAUCGCAAGGACGGUUCCAAAGUGACGACGGUUGUAGCGACGCCGGGGCAGGGCCCCGACCGGCCGCUGGAGGUGAGCUAUUCGGAUAUGAAGCUCAUCGGCAAUGGCAGCUUCGGUGUUGUCUACCAGGCCAAGCUGUGCGACAGCGGCGAGCUCAUCGCCAUCAAGAAGGUGCUCCAGGAUAAGAGGUUUAAGAACCGAGAGCUUCAAAUCAUGCGACGACUGGAGCAUUGUAAUAUUGUCAAACUGAAAUACUUCUUUUACUCCAGCGGAGAAAAGAAGGACGAAGUGUACCUGAAUCUGGUGCUGGAGUAUAUUCCCGAGACUGUGUACAAAGUUGCGCGUCACUACUCCAAAGAUGAACAAACCAUACCCAUUAGUUUUAUAAAGCUGUACAUGUACCAGUUGUUCCGGAGCCUGGCGUACAUCCACUCGCUGGGCAUCUGCCACAGGGACAUCAAGCCGCAGAAUCUGCUGCUGGACCCGAAGACGGGUGUCCUCAAGCUGUGCGACUUCGGCUCCGCCAAACACCUCGUGCGCGGCGAACCUAAUGUCUCCUACAUCUGCUCUCGUUACUAUCGCGCGCCAGAACUCAUCUUCGGCGCUAUCGAUUACACCACUAAGAUUGACGUGUGGAGCGCGGGGUGUGUGGUGGCGGAGCUGCUCCUCGGCCAGCCGAUAUUCCCCGGAGACUCCGGGGUCGACCAGCUCGUUGAAAUUAUCAAGGUCUUAGGCACACCGACACGCGAGCAAAUCCGCGAGAUGAAUCCAAACUAUACAGAAUUCAAAUUUCCACAAAUCAAAAGCCAUCCCUGGGCAAAGGUGUUCCGCGCGUGCACACCUCCCGACGCGAUCUCGCUGGUGUCGCGGCUGCUGGAGUACACUCCGGGCGCGCGGCUCUCCCCGCUGCAGGCGUGCGCGCACAGCUUCUUCGACGAGCUGCGCGAGCCCGCCGCCCGUCUGCCCAACGGCCGCGCCCUGCCUCCGCUCUUCAACUUCACCGAGUACGAGCUCGCCAUACAGCCCUCGCUCAACGAGUUCCUCAAGCCGCGCUCCCCCGCCGCCCCCAACGACGCACCCGGCGGCUCCGGCGCCGCGGACCACGCACAUGACGCCCAGGCAGACAACGCAGCGGCGUGCGGGCCGAGCGGCGGGUCGCCGAGCGCGUCGUAGAUGGCGACUUAGCCCACGCCCACGUCCGCGCCCGCGCCCACGACAUCGACCGUCGCCCACGCCCACGCCUGACCUCAUCGCCUCGCCCGCGCGCUGAUCCCCGACGCCCGACAGACUAUCGCCACUCUAAAUGCAUUUAGAGCGACCGUUCCUCAUACCUCAGUCGGUCUGUACCCGGUACAAAUGUAUGGUACACUCGUCCGUCGCGGACGGCCGUUGUCGGAACGUGUCGGAACAUGUCGGAUGCGAUCGGAACUUAGAUGGGUAUUUCAUAUGCUAUUUAGUGAUAGUAUUUUUAUUUUCGUGUUGGCCAUCGGGUAAAAUUAUAUGCAUAAUAGGUGUUUUCAGCGAGCAGUCGUGUGAUACAGUAGUGUUUAUGUGGAAAAGCUUGAGCCGUCGCAGUCGGUGAGAAGGGUAAAAUCCGCAGUAGACUCUUUACCGUCUCCAUGUGAUUACUUUGUACUUUUGUAAGCUCAAAUUUUUUUUCUAUGUAAAUACCUUGAAACUGCGUUUUUAAAUUAAUGAUUAUUUUUGGUGAACGUCAGAUUAAAUAUCUGGAUAAAUGGUAUUGUUUUAUAUUUUACAUUGUAUUUGCUUAUUUUUCUGUCGUUUAGUAUAUUUUAUUGGCCACGAUGUACUCUGCGAGGAGUACCUUUAUCACAUAGACGGGAAGUGAUCGUUGUAAUAUUUUACAAUAGAAUCAGGGGAGGUAUUGAUACUUGCUGCAUGAAACUUUGGACCUUUUCGCUUGGGCCGCGUGUAAUCAGUAGAGAAAUAUUCGAGUAGUGCUUUAUAAUAUUUGUAUUUGAAAUGUAUUCACUUACCGAUGAACUUUUACGAAGGUAGUUUCGCUUUCAAUUAUGGAAUAUAAAAGCAAAUUGAACAUUUUCUUGCACCCACAAAUGCGUACUUGUAAAUUCUUUUAUAACUAGCAUAAACUGAUCUCUCAAGAUAAUUUGUAAUUUUUAUUGAUAUCUCAGAAUAUUAUGUAUUUGUACAAUUCAAACAAUAUAUAAAUUUUUAGAUUAAAUACAUGGGUAUGUUCGUUUAUUCGGGGAACUUCGAAAUUAGUA